UUCUUCCUGGCGUCUUCUCUUUUUAUGGUCUUCCUCUUUUGACAUAACUGUAUGUGCUUCUUCCUGGCGUCUUCUCUUUUUAUGGUCUUGCCUUUCCCUGUAUAUAAAUCAGCACUGGGCUUACCGGCAUUGGAAGUGUAGAGAGCACAUCCCACACCUCUCACUAUCGUUUCUUUGGAGCAAGACAGAACUCCAGUGUUCAAUUAGGUUGGCAGAGUAACUGUGAGCUUACACAAUUGCUCCAAAGAGAUUGCUCAAGAGUGGGCGUUCAUGCAAGGAUCAGAGAAGGAAAUUCGGACGUCAUAAUCAACUUGAAAAGCGUUGGUACGACCAAAGGGCAAAGAAGUAUACAAAGCUGAGGUGUGCUGUAGCUCAGAGCGAGCAACGUUGUUUCAAGGCUGCGCAGGUCCUGCAAGUUUGUGAGCAACGGCUUAAUUAAUCCUGGUGCUGUGAGUCAACAUCAUAUAGCGAAACAGAAGAAAUUGCCCAUGUGAAAUGGCUACUUCUGUACAAAGGAACCUUAUAUCACUUAUUAUCAACUUUCAACUGGUGCGUCCGUCAUGGUUUCUCAGCGCCCUCUGUAGAGUAACUGGCUGGGUCAAACUUCAUGUCUAUUUUACGAAGGCCGUCUUCUUCAUCCUUGGUUUGAUUUAUAGCCACAGCUUCGUAAACAAUGCUGUGGUGUUUCUGUGGAUGGAUUACUUAAUUGAUGUGGGGAAAUUACCGCUUCCACUAGCUACUAUUGCUGUGAAUGUUCAAGAAGGUUUAUAUGUCAUUUGCACUUUUCUCAUUGCUAACAUAGCCGAUGCCUACACAGGACCUUAUAAAGCAAUAGUUUUCAGCACUGCUUCAUAUGCAUUCGGACUGUUGCUAUGGUUUCUUGCUAACCGGUUCUGGGGCAAUUCAUCCUCCACCGUGAUUAUACUACUUUAUCUGAUGAUGGUACUAGCAACUGUGGGCAAGGCAAGUCAGGAUCCUUGUUUAAAAGCAUUUCUACGUGAUCAAUUAGUCGAGCAUAAACCUAACCUUAACGCAGAUAAGGACCAAGCUGACGAGGUUCCCAGUAAACCAGACAAAGCUAAGGUUCGAAGAAAAUUUUGGUGGCGUAUUGCUUCUACGGUGGGCACUGUGUCGUCUGUGAUAAUGGCCGGAGUUUCUAAUCAGAGAAUGAUCGCCGUAAUUUCAUUUUCGGUUAUGGCAUUGGCUUGUUUAACCUUUGCGUUAGGAAAAAGCUUUUACUACCCCGACAAACCAACUGGAAUCCCUCUUAUCGUUAUUUAUAGAGUACUUAAGGCAGCUUUUGUGAAGCGUCACCUGCAACACGCUCGUGAACCCAAUGACUACUACAUGAAUGAUAGUGGUGGAUUGCAUCUAUUGCCCAACUUUCGAAUCAUCAGGUGGCUGGACAAAGCUGCUCUUUUAGAGACAUCCAAGUCCCUCUCAGCUGAAGAACAGGAGAAAAACAGGAGACUUUUCUCAGUCCAAGAUGUGCAACAAGUAAAGCAACUUCUUGCAAUGGUUCCUAUGUGGACAGCACUCCCCAUCCACGGCCUCGUUCUGGCAACGGGUUCGACUUUCUUCGUUGUGCAAAGUGAAAGCCUCUAUUCUGAUCCUGUUUUUUCUAUAAAUGUUCUGUUUCUACUUCAGGGUUUCGUAACAGUUAUAGUUCCAUACGUCCAUGACAUUUUAGUAUCCGGAUGGAUUAAAAAACUUCCGAUGCAUCAUGGUAGAACGGUAUGGAUUCAAAAACUUCUGAAGCAUCGUGUUGGACUCGUGAGAAUCGCAAUUGGGAUUGCGUGCUCUAUAAUCUGUUGCAUGGUAUCAAUGCUGGUUGAGACUCGUAGAUUGAAUCUUAUUAAAACACGUGGAGAUGCUGAACCAUUUCCAAUGAGCACAGUAUGGCUGGUUCCACAGUUUUUCCUGAUAGGACUCGUAGAAGGACUGGUUGCUGAUGGCUUAGCUGAUUUUUAUAAUGUCCAUGUAGAUGAGUCUUUGAAACAUUAUGAAUCGCCAUUCAACGAGUCUGCAAUUGGCGUUGGGAAGUUCCUGAGUGCGGCACUUGUUCUUACUUUGUCAGGCAGCUGGUUUCAUCACACUCUGAAUACAAGUCAUCUGGACAAAUAUUACAUGCUGUUAGGUAUUCUAAGUUCUGUGAACCUAUGCUUUUAUCUGCUUGUCAUGUACGCCUACGCAUGGAAAGCUCAAGUGAAUGGCUCCCCUGACCCUGAAGUCUCGACUUAGAUCACUCUCCUCUCGACGCUUCAAUGAAAUUGCCGGCCAAGGUAGCUUUCCGAGCUGUCAAACUCCAGUUGAAACAUUGAGUACGAACACGCCCUUAUUGAAUCUCUUCAGAUAAGUGAUUGCUGAAAGAUUUGAAGAAAUUGGUAUGAAACACAAUCCCGUGAUUAAUUUCAGAGCUGUAUUAAUGACUUUUUACAGGUUCCAUCAGAACAAAAAUUACUAA